AAAAGAAGAAGAAUCCGGGAGCUUAUAAAAAGUAAAGCAUGGUUAUUUAAGAUUUAAUCCCGUGGCUGUGAAUAAUAUCUUUUGCUCUCCUUUAAAUCUCCGCUCCAUUUAUAACCCACUAUAAAUUAUCUAUUUGGUGUGGUGGUGUUUCUCAUUCAGCUGCUUUGAAUCGAUUGGUUUUGGCUUUGGGCGAAAGUUUGGUUAGAGGUCUUGUUCGUCUUCUUUACAGCAAGAGUUCUGAGGAAAUUUGUUUUUAUCUAUUGGAAGAUUUGAAGUUUCGAAAAAAAACCACAAGCACUCCUAUCUGUCCGUGUUUCACAACAAACAAGUUUCAUGUCAGAUCUAGACGUUCAGAUUCCUGGAGCAUUUGAUCCAUUCGCUGAAGCAAAUGCUGAAGACUCUGGUGCUGGAUCCAAAGAGUAUGUCCAUGUGCGCAUACAACAGCGAAACGGUAGAAAGAGUCUAACAACUGUACAAGGCUUAAAGAAAGAAUUUAGUUACAACAAAAUUCUUAAAGAUCUGAAGAAAGAGUUCUGUUGUAAUGGAACUGUUGUGCAGGAUCCUGAACUUGGGCAGGUGAUUCAGCUACAAGGUGAUCAGAGGAAGAAUGUGUCAAAUUUCCUGAUACAGGCUGGAAUUGUGAAGAAGGACAAUAUAAAGAUUCAUGGUUUCUGAGUUAUAACUCUUAAUUAAGCCGCUGUUUUAUGCACAUUACGAUAAACUCGGCUUAUUUUUUAUCUAUUUGUGACAAUGUUAUCGUUUACCUUGGAUUUUAGAGUGAUACUACUGGUGGCCUUGCUGUAUGUGUCUAGUACUCCAUUGUGAAGUAACUAUACACUGAUGAAUCUAAUAUAUGGUUCUUCUGUAGUUAUAUAUCUAUGACUUCCUAUUGGGUAUGACAUAUUAUUACAUAAUGAUCAUUGCGCUGUUUCCCAA